AUGCAGAAGGAAAUCAUCGAUGAGAGGAUAACAUUACACGUAGCAAUUUUUCAAGUUACAAACAGAGAAAUCAGUUUUCUGGAGAUCCACUGCCUCCUUGGUGACCAGGCGGACUUUUUGCAAAGUUUGAAUCAUAUGGAAGCCGUUAUCAGUGAACCAUCCGACGAAUGGCUUCUUGCAGGAGAUCCAGGUAAAUGGGGAGACCUUGUCGGUGGUGACGGCGAUUUCGUAGGUGAGGUCAUUGAUUUUCUUAACCUCUCCAAUACGGACAUCGCCGAAGGUGUUGAAGUCAACCUGAACAAGAAAAAAGAAUAA